GAGAAGUUUUCAGGAAUGUUUGCGUCAGUCUUUAGAGGCUGGACGAGCAGAAACAGCAUAAAAACAGACAGAGCGAGACACAGCGCCACAUCAGAGCUGCACCUGCAGGACCAGGACCUUAACAGAAGCAUCAGCUGCCCCGGACCUCCAGGACCAGGACCUAAACAGAAGCAUCAGCUGCCCCGGACCUCCAGGACCUCCAGACGAGUCAUGAAGCUGCUCCUCCUGCUGGCAGUUGCUGCCAGCCAGAUGGAGCUCUCUGCCUCUCAGGAGGUCACUCUGAAUGCUCCUGGUGGAAACCUCAACAUCAGCACCAUGCCCAUCACUUUCUAUGGAAAAACAUACACAUGGUUACACGUCAAGAUGGGCAAUAAGGAUGAAGUUUGUUUAAAAAAUGACCCAUCUGAGGACGACAUUGACUGUGUGGUGACCAACGAGGGGGUGGCUUCAGACAAAAUGGUCUACAGUAUAACACAUGGAUCAUUUGGCUCUUCUCUUGUUAACAUCAAAACCCAGGCACAGGGUCUCGUUGAUCUCCUGUUCUAUAAUGGUGCUACACAGAAUAUGUUUUGGGAAUUCUACAAUUAUGGUUUGCAAGCUGCUUGCAGGACAUAUCUUCCUGCUCGCCGUCCAUUUUCUGCUAGUUUAAACAUUUCUACAACAGUCGGUGGCACAGUGAUGGAUACCUGGGAGCCUCCUGCAGGAACAUCUACUCUUCGAGACCUGAGUGGAUGCAGAGGCUCAGGUGGCGCUGUAAUGCCGGGUUCAGAGAUGCCCAGCGCAGAGCCCUGCUCUGUUGAACUCUGUUCUCUGUCUGCAGUCCUCUCUAAUGUCACUGCAUGUGGGCCCGAGGAGGUUUGCCAAGCGGACAACACGUGCGCUGAGGUUCCUAAGGCCCCGGUGGUGUGCACGGUGACGGGCUCCACGGUGAUCGGUUUCCACGGAGCAGUGCACUCUGUCCAGGAUCGCUGUGCCUACAGUCUGAUGGAGCCUGAAGGCAGCGCCAGCUUCAACCUCAUGGCCGCUUUCAGGGAGCGCCGGCGUACAGAUGUUCCUCUUCUGGACCACCUGAUCCUGUCGCUGCCAGGUGUGACCAUGUAUCUGGAGCAAGGAGGAAGAGUUCGGGUUGGUGGUGAAGCCCUGGUGCUCAGCAGCACAGCUCAGCUGAUGCACGGCGUGGAGCUCUCCAAGGACCAGACUGGAGUCACUGCUAAGUUCCCGUCCUCCAACAUGACUCUCUUCUUUGAUGGCAACAGCGCACAUGUGACAGGACUUCCUGAAGCUGUAGAGGGUUUGUGUGGCAGCCCCUCCAACUCCAGCUGGACCACCACCCCGACUGCAGAGAAGUCCUCUAUCAGCCUCCCUGGCUGUGAGAUUCAAUACCAGGACUCAGUCGACAGCGCCAUCAACUGCAACCGCUCCACCGACCACUGUAAUCUCAUGAGGCAGCCUCCCUUCUCCGCCUGUCACGAGCACACCGACCCAGAGCCGUACAUCAGCGCCUGCACACACACUCUGUGCAGAUACCCGUCAGUGGAUGGGGUCGACUGCCACUUUUUGGAGGCUUACGCCAAGGCCUGCAGCCUGGAAGCCAACGUGACCCUGGAGGACUGGAGGUCAACUUCUGGCUGCUGUAAGACCCUCUUUCACUUGAAUAUUCACAGUCGUUGUGGUUUAAUACACAACUGGAAGUCCCUGUGUUUGUAUAGUAGCCUGAGUAUGGUCACAUAUACAGGAUAUAUGUAAUAUGGAUAGUGUGCAGUGUUUGAUUCCACUUCAUUCUAGGUUUAUUACUUCAUUCCUAGUAAUAGUUUGUAUAAUCAUUGUUAUUAGUGAUAUUAUUAUGAUAACUAUUUAAAACUGUGUAUGAAGGAAAAAAGGGAAAUUACAGUAAAUAUAAUAAAAGCAUAGAUUUUGUAAAAUGUAUUAUUUUCAUUUAAUUUUAAAUAUUUUAAACUCGUCUAACUGUCAUAGUUGGCUCCUCAUGUUGGAUGUUGUAUUACG